UCGAUGAAAAUCCUUCAGUUCGUCUAUUCCAUCGAAUACAUUUAUAUGAAUUUGUUUCGUUGGUGAAGUUGUGAAGAUUUUAGGUUCAAAAUGGAGUACGAUUCCGAGACGAGAAAAACUAAAAUAUCCGAUUCGGCGUAUUCUACUAGCUUUUGUAAAAGUAAUUCACAUGGCAGCGCCAGUUCGAAGAGUCUCUUGAGUGGUAGUAAUUGCAGUAGCGGAUAUGGUGGAGUGGUCAAUGCAGAGAACGUUGACAAUAACCUACCGGCUUUAACUAAACGUAACAAAGACAAAGAAAAUAAGAAAAGUAAGUCUGAGUCUACAAACAUGAGUCAAAUGCACGUGGCGCCUUCAGAUUUUAAUCAACAUACAAAUGGUCUCAUCACUAACCCGGACAGCUUACAUUUAGAGCUCUUUUCAAAAAUAGACAUAAUUGAUAUCGUCAGUCCCAAAACCAACGAAAUGGGCACAGAUAACAUUUCAGAUAGCAACGUAAAGCAAUCUGAACAUGUACUUCCUGACAAUCUGACGCCAAAUACCAAAGUAAUCGAACCAAAGAAUGGAUUUUGCUGUGUCAUUUCCAUGUAUGAUGGCAUAGUGUUAUAUACGUCACCAAGCCUAACGCCGUUAUUGGGAUUUCCCAAAAAUAUGUGGCUGGGGAGGUCAUUUAGUGAUUUUCUUCAUCCCAAAGAUAGAGAAACGUUUUGUAAUGAGAUUACAAAUGAAAUCGCGAUACCUAUAGUGGAAGGAACUGACAAAAGAAAAGAUAUUCACGCUUCUUUCUACGUGUGCUUGAGAGAGUAUCGCGGAUUAAAGACAUCUGGGUACAGUGUUGUAGAGAGAGCAGUUUCCUACCAAGCUUUCCAUUUAUCUGUAAAAUUAAAAUAUACGACCCCUAAUAUUAACAAAAUUCCCUUACCUAACGGUGAGGACACAUUUCUAAUAAUUGUUGCCGUGCCGGUUUAUUCAAACUAUGCAUUACCAGACGAAGUAAAAAAGUCGAGCAUAUUUGGUAUGCGGCAUACAUCGGCCUGCAUUUUUAAUCAGGUGGAUGCUGACGUUGUCAUGAACUUUGGGUACCUCCCACAGCAAAUGUUAGGAAAAUCAGUCUUUGAUUUUUAUCAUCCAGAAGAUCUCCCAUUUAUGAAGGAAGUAUAUGAGUCAGUAAUGGUAAAAUGUCAAAUAGCAGGAUCGGUUUAUCGCAGCAAACCCUAUCGUUUCGCCGUUCAAAAUGGAGAUUUCGUAAUGAUAGAAACGGAGUGGUCGUGUUUCAUUAAUCCAUGGUCGCGACGGCUCGAAUUCGUGAUUGGACUUCACAGAGUUUUACAGGGCCCCAGUAAUCCUAACAUUUUCGAAGCCCCUAAAGAAGACAAAAAUAAACUUGCAUCCGAUCAAGUUUUGAAAGAUGCCGAAAUCAUUCGAGAGGAAAUUUUGCACAUCUUAAAUAAAGAGUUGUACCGGCCUUCAAAACUGCCCCAGCGAGAGGUUGCCAGGCGAUGCAAAAACCUAGAAACCUUUAUGGAAAAUAUAAUAGAAUGUUCAAAACCAAAUCAGUGUUUGGAUCCCGUGCCUAAAGAUGGUCAUAUUCUUGUAAGUUAG